AUGCAAGCAGCAAUAAACAGUACCAGAGAUCUACAUAUGCAAGAUGAAACAAAAAGCAAACAAAAUGAAACUACCAACGUAGAUCAACGCAUUGGAGGGAUUAACAAUCCCGGUGAGAAGGCAGCAGCAAAGAAAGGGAUCAAGAAGAGGCAAGACCGUGUAGGAGGAUCAUCAAAAAGAAGGACAGGGAAGAAAGAUAGGCAUAGCAAGAUACAUACCGCUCAUGGGCCGAGGGACCGGAGGAUGAGGUUGUCUCUCCAGAUAGCAAGGAAGUUCUUUGAUCUACAAGAUAUGUUGGGGUUCGACAAGGCGAGCAAGACGAUUGAGUGGCUAUUUAACAAAUCAAAGGCGGCUAUUAAGGAUCUUUCCGACAAGAGUUGCACAAGUAUCUUACCUUCAUCUCCUUUAGAAGAAAUGAUUAAAGGUGAUUGUAGUAAUAACAAAGAGAUAUUGUCUGAAGAAAUAAUGAAUAAGAAAAUGGGAGAAAAUAAUAGUAAUAACAACAAUAAUAAGAAGGGGGGAAUAAUGUUUAAAAUUAAUGAGAAAAGGAAGGAAGCAAGAGCUAGGGCAAGAGAGAGGACAAAAGAGAAGCUAUUAAUCAAGAAUAAUACUAAUAUUAAUAAUAUUAAAGAAUACCCUUUGGAAAUGGAGGAAAACCCUAAUUGUCUUAAUAAUGUUAUGAGGGUUAAUGAAGUAAACCUACAACAACCAUUAGAAGAUCAUAUGGCUUCUGUGGGUAUCAUUGAGAAAUUCUUGGCCACCACGGCUUCUUCUUCGAUUGAUGAUUCUCAAGAUGAAGCUCUAGCUAGGGCAUUUUCCAUGGAUUUAGGGCAAUUUGGGGCAAUAUCUACUACAAUGGAAGGUACAAUGGUUGUGAAUUCUGAGUACAAUCAAGUCCAAGGCCAUAAUUGUGCAUUCAUGGACAGGACAUACAACCAAGGAUAUAUUGAUUAA